AUGGCCCCAUCCGCUUGCAAUCCUCACACGGAGGAGGAGACCAACAUCGCCCGCGAUGUUGUCGUCUCAUGUCAUCCCAACACCGUCAUUGACUUUCACGAGAUCUACUUGUUGGAACCUCCCAAGUACCGUAUUAUUGGGUCCGAUAAGAUCCCAUCAUACGAAGAGGCCGUAAUUGACGUGGAAAACCGAAAAUGUGUCAAGCACAAGGUUGUGGCGAAACCAAAUCACGCAGCCCUCACACUGUUUGACAUCCUCGUGGAGCGAUGCUUUGCCUCCCCUCUGUUCAAACAAGCUCUAGCGGGUUCGACCUUCCUGAAGGCUUCGAAGUUGUCAUCGAGCCUUAGCCCUUUGCAAAAGGCCAGUGACGAUAAUUUCUACUCCCUACCCUCUGCCUGGCUAUCCACUGCAAUGGAUGUUGCGCACACCCAGGAAAUCAUCCGGGUUGAUCAAUCCCGGCUGCAAGGGAGAAGGUCACGACCGGGGAAUAUUAUCGGGGCACUGCAAAAGCAUCGUUAUGUACCCACGGAACUGCUGCUUACAGGCACACGGAAGGAUCUGAAGCCGUUGAACGUGAAACAGCCUAUGAAGGGCCGUCAUUCCGGGUUUACAAACGAAUCGCUGGUCGAGUGGCGGUGGAGAUUCGCGCAGCUGUCCCCGUGA